CGGUCGCUAGGCGGCCCGGCCCGUCCUGCGCGGGCGCGGAAGCGCCGCCCCCGGAAGCGGCGGGCGGGCAGGCGGGCGGGCGGCGGGUGGGGGGGGUGCCGGGAGUGGGGACGGGGGGGGCAGAGCGAGCGAGCGCGCCCGGCGAAGGGGCCGGAGACGCGGCGGCGGCGGCAGCAAGAUGGCGGCCAAGUCGGAUGGCGGCGGCGGCGGCGGCGGCGUGGGCUUCGCCCAGCUGCACAACCUGGACGAGGCGGCGGCGGCGGCGGCGGCGGGCGUCUGCGGCGGCGGCGUCGGGGCAGCGGCGGCCGAGGGCGCGGAGGAGCCGGGCGGCAGCAGCUCCUUGCACAUCUGCCACUGCUGCAACACGUCGUCGUGCUACUGGGGCUGCCGGAGCGCCUGCCUGCGGAACCUCUUCGGGCGGGCGGCCGCCGCCGCCGCCGCCGAGCCGCUGGCCCCCCGCCCCGCCGCCGAGGGGCCGCCGCGGGCGCCGGAGGGCGGCGAGGCGGGCGAGCGGCCGUGGCUGGACUGCCUGUGGAUCGUGCUGGCGCUGCUGGUGCUGCUGGGGGACGUGGGCACGGACCUGUGGCUGGCGCUGCACCACUACGGCCGGCGGGACUACGUCUGGUGCGGCCUGACGCUGGCCUUCGUGCUGCUGCCCUCGGUGCUGGUGCAGAUCCUCAGCUUCCGCUGGUUCGUGCAGGACUACACGGGCGGCGGGCUGGGCGCCGUGCAGGGCCUCAGCAGCCGCGGGCCGCCCAUGAUGGGGGCCGCCGGCCGCCGGGGGGGACCCGCCGGCGGGGGUGGAGGAGUCGGCGGCACCGCCACCCCCGGGGCGCAGCGCCUCUGCAGGAUCUCCGUCUGGGUCUGGCAGUCCGUCAUCCACCUGCUGCAGAUGGGGCAGGUCUGGAGGUAUAUCCGAACUAUGUACCUGGGGAUCCAGAGCCAGAGGCGGAAGGAACACCAGCGGCGUUUCUACUGGGCUAUGAUGUACGAAUAUGCAGACGUAAAUAUGUUGCGCCUCCUGGAAACCUUCCUUGAGAGCGCCCCUCAACUGGUGCUACAGCUCUGCAUAAUGAUCCAAAAGAACCGUGCAGAAACAUUACCAUGUGUGUCCUCUGUGGCCUCCCUGAUGUCCCUGGCUUGGGUGCUAGCCUCCUAUCACAAGCUUCUUCGGGACUCUAGGGACGACAAGAAGAGUAUGAGCUACAGAGGGGCCCUCAUCCAUCUCUUCUGGCGCGUCUUCACCAUCUCAUCCCGAGUUAUUUCUUUUGCUCUUUUUGCUUCCAUCUUCCAGCUCUACUUUGGGAUCUUUGUAGUGGUCCAUUGGUGUGCCAUGGCUUUCUGGAUCAUCCAUGGUGGGACAGAUUUCUGCAUGUCUAAGUGGGAGGAGAUCCUCUUCAACAUGGUGGUAGGGAUUGUGUACAUUUUCUGCUGGUUUAAUGUCAAGGAAGGGCGGACUCGAUACAGAAUGUUUGCGUAUUACACGGUAGUCCUGACGGAGAACGCUGCCUUGACACUCCUUUGGUAUUUUUACAGAGAUCCUGACACUACUGACUCAUAUGCCGUGCCAGCACUGUGUUGUGUCUUUCUUAGCUUUGCUGCUGGGAUAGCUUUGAUGCUGUUAUAUUAUGGUGUGCUGCAUCCCAUGGGGCCAAGAGCUAAGAUCUUUGCCAGCUCCUGUUGCGCCGAGCUGCUCUGGGGCAUUCCUUUGCCCCCUGAUGUUGAGCCCAUGGCACCCCAAACCCCUGGGUACCGGGGGGCCCAGGCUACGCCCACCAGAGCGGUCACGGAGCAACAGGAGGAACUCACAGCUGACACUUGCUUGCCCGUUUUCCAGGUGAGAGCAAUGGUACCAUCUACUCCAUCUGGGCGACCCUACCCCCCCGAGGGGCCUCUCAUUAAGAUUGACAUCCCAAGAAAAAGAUACCCUGCAUGGGAUGCCCAUUUUGUAGACAGGAGGUUAAGAAGAACUAUCAACAUCCUCCAAUAUGUCACCCCCACAGCUGUAGGUAUUAGGUAUAGAGAUGGACCUCUCUUAUAUGAGUUGCUACAAUAUGAAUCUUCACUUUAAAGCUCCUUAAAGCAAAAGUAAAAGAGGGGGACCUUAUUUUUGUUUACGGUAAACACAGAUCAUGAAACAAACACAAACCUUCAGAUAAGCUUUCUUUCUGGUUGCUGUAUGUAUAAAAAAAAAAGAUAUUCUCUAUGUUUUGUAAGUAAAAACAAAAAGAAAAACUUUUCUUUUGUUUUUUACACACAAGAAACAGUAUUUCAACUUCCACACCUAGGAUUCACAGGUGGAGAAGGAGGCAUCUCCACAUCAGUUUUAUACCGUACACCAAGUGUAGAACAUUAUUUAUGGGAUUGGUGCUGAUUGAAAAAUAAAAAAAAAAAACAAACAAACAAACCUACAACUGCCUUAUGCCCUUAGGUGCUGAGUUUCAUUAAGUACUGUCACCUUUCUCAUGCAAAACUCUUUGAUGAUUACAUGCCAGGAAAAAAACCAACCAACUGAAAUGCAAACCUUAAAAUAAAAAAAAAAAAAAUUAAAAAAAAAAAAGGAAAAAAUGAACGACGACAACAACAAAAAGAGAGAAAUAUAUGAAAAAAAAAAUCUUGUUGCUCUUAUUGGAUUUUGCAGAAAAAACCCAAAUGUCUAAAGAUAAGAAAGGAAAGCCAAGACACCCCCAGUGGAGUUUGAUUUUUCCAACAGCUGAAAGACAAAAUCAGGUCUGUAACUCAAUUUGGCAAUGUGUUUAUAACACCAUUUGGCCAAGCCUGCAACCCUUGACCAAGUCGUGUUACAAACGCAAUCCCACCAUGUAACCGUUUUCCUUGUGUAAACAGGCCAUGCGGAAUGGUCGGUUUGCACCAGAUUAAUGUGGUAAUACAGUAUCUGAUCUUGUUUUGAACAACUGCACACGCUAAAGUGCCACUGUCCUCAGUGGAGUAAAUAACACCCGUCUGAGCCCAGAAUAAGGCCUGCCACCUUGAUUUCUGGAAAAUAAGAAAUCUGCAAACAUUGAAAUUAUAUAUACCAAAAACAUUAUCCUAAAGUACAUUUACACAUAUCCAAUAACUAUUUCAGUAAUAAUAAAACUCAGCAUAGUAGCAAAAAGCGAGUCAAUUUAAAGGCACAAUACUUGAUCAGUGACUGGCGAAAUAAUUUGACCUACUGUAUCAUUUUAAGGCUGUGAAAGGCAUACAUGUAUUAUUUGUAAUCUCGUGUAAGACCUGUCAUGUCUCAUUCAGUGCGAGCCUUAAAGUGAUUGUAAAGCAUCCUUCGUUCCAUUUUGGGAUUUUGGGGUUUUGAUUUUUGUUCUGUUUUGUUUUGUUUUUAAGGAAAACAAAACAUGAAAAUCGGGAUAAAAAAAAACACAAACAAACAACAACAAAACAACCAACAAACUUCUUCAAACGGUAAUAACCUGUAAACUGACUCACGUCUCGAGAUGAUUUGGUGCUUUGUAUUUUUGUUGAUGUUGUUGUUGUGAUUUAGCUGAGAAUUCUUCAACUCGGUACAUGUGGGGAACUGCUGAUAAAAACUGUCUCGUGUCACCCUCUACUGUAAGUACAUGGCGAGAAACACCACCAGAGGAAAUUCAAGAGUGUAGUGAGAACAUCGUGGUUUAGCUUAGCCUUCUCACCGCAAGGAGAUGCUGCCACCUCUGAUGAUGGCAAAGCCUAGACAGUCACCUGCCAAGGGCUGUGUGGGUGUCUGGACGUUUCCAAACAACCCGCUCGGUGUCUGAACAUUCACAUCUCUCUGAUUCUGUUUCUGUGCUGGAAUCUCUUGUUUCGAGUUAAAUCACGGGUUUGCGUCUAUCCAACACCCUUUUGCAUUUCAAGAGUAUUGCUCCUUUAAAGGAAUAUUCCCAUUUCAGGGCAUCUUUUCAAUCCCACCAUCCCUCUACUUGGGAGGGGAAAAACAACAACAAAAUGAGAAAUUUUUAAGUGAAUGCUGUAGUAUUUUCUGUGUGUAAUUGCUAUUUUUUAUUCCAGAAAUACUGUAACUGUCUAGGGUGCAAAACUCCCAUGCUGACCUAUUCUGAAGAGAAGAUCAGCAUGGGGGGGAUAUUUUUUAAUUAUGAUUAUGAUUUUUUUUUAUUUGAUGAAUCAGUUGGUUUUUUUAAUUAUAAUAGUAUUUAAAGAAACUAGUACCAAUUUUAUAUAACAGUUUAAAGAAGCUGAAUGCUUUCUUCGCCUGAAUAUACCUGAAGAGAAACAUUUUUUUCAAUCAGUGAUCCUUUGCAGUGUUCUGAGAAAAUGUUGGGAUUUCUUCAGUUGUUUCAUUUUGUUUUGUAAAGAAAACUUUUAACUGGUGUCUAUCCCUUUCAAGGAGGGCAGGACUCAUUCACGCUAAACUAUAGACACAUGGCAAAGUUUAUAAGAAGCCAAAUUGUCACUGGUACUGUAAUUCCCAGUCAAACUCCAUUUCAGGCUAAUGUUUCUGGGCUCUGAUUGCAACCAAUAUGAUGGUCACAUUUUCGUGCAAAGGGAGGGAUUUUUGUCUUGUCAUCCCUAUCUAAAUUCCCAGUCCCUUGUUUACUGUGCACGUAAAUACAUAUAUAUGUACACACACUUAUAUGUAUUUGUGAAAAGCUUUCAUUUCCCUCCUCCACUGUCUGUGUCCCAUAACCAGUCCCUCCUCAAGUGUCCUACUAACAUUUCACCCUGUUUCUUCCCUAAUCAAUACGCUGUCUCCAUAAAAGAGAGGUAAUUUGUGAAGUGAACUUGCUGACCCCAGCUACUGAGUCAUAAAAACACAGAGGUGCCAUCCUUGAGCAACAGGCCUGCACUUCUCCUCCCAGAACUUUCUUUUGUCUUACCUUUUAUAUUAGCGUAGACGUACUCUGAUCCAGUUCCCUGAGAUUCACACCCUCCACAAAGACUCUCCACGGUCCUUCCAUGAAGACCUCUCCUCUACACAUCUGCAUUUCAUUGACAAAAGCAUGAGAAAGGAAUGGAUGGCAAACAACCCUGCUGUUCCUCAGGGACCUUUUCUCCAGGAGAUAGCAUUCUUAUUUUCAAAAGCACCAUGAGAAGGUCCCCCUCCCUGAGCUUGUCAACCUUGAGGUCUGGUUUGGAGGUGUCAUCCCACUCCCUGGCCACACUGAAUGGCCGGACUCUGCAGCUUUGCACCAGGACAGUGAAAUGAGUCAACGAGCCAAGGCACACUCACCAGGAGUCAAGGAGGAGACCCUUCAGUGUUGCCUCUCACGAGUAUCUGCAGCCUGCCUUCCCUCAGGAACGGGACCCUUGCUCCAGACCACCAAACCAACAGCCGUCCUCUCCAUCCCGUCAUGGGAGCAGAGGGGCAAAACACUCUAGAAGUGACCUUACCUCUCAAUGCAGUGCUAAUUUCUCACAGCCAAACCAGCUUGACUAAGGGCUUGACACACUCCCGCUCCAGUCCUCCUUCGUGGCUCAUGGUAUGGAUAACAACGAAGGCAGGUGCCUCCACUGCGUGUUAAGACUGUUUCAUUACGCUUAGUUGCAUAAAUUUUCUGCCUCUGCUAUUAGCUUUCUUUGAAUGAUAUCCACUGGCAUCUUGAUUUAGCAAGAGAUUUCCAGUGAGAGCCUGUGUCAGCCCUGAAGAACUGUUUCUCUUUGAAGGACUUCAUUACAGCCUUAACGUAAAUCAUGUGCUCUACCACUGCACCCGAUGAGUUCAUGGUGGGCAGUUUGGUGUGGGAACCAUUUCCUCUUGGGAUUAUCUGUGAUCUUGUUGCCAAACAGCGCCUUUUGCCAAGCCAAGAGCUCAGGGAGGAAAAUUACCCCCAGCUUUUUAUUGGUACUAAUCCCGAUGCUCAGAGUCUAGUCCUCUCCUCCUGUUGUUUUGAGUGUGGGUUUUUUUUUUUUUCCCCCAGGGUCUCUUUGAUUUUUGCUGUGCACUUUGGCAGGAUGGUCAGUGACUUGUUUGGUUUCACUUGGGUUUUAACGCUGCCGCUUCAGCCUGGUAGCUUAGUUAUACACCAUGUCACACUUUCUUGCCAGAAGAUACUGCAUGAGGGGUUUUUCAGACUGUCACGGAGAUGGUUGAGUCCAUAUUUAUUCACAUCACAAGAUCAGUGGGCAACUUCUCUGGCAGGUUUCUGCUGCUGGAUUCACCCUGGGAUCAUCUAAACCAGCCAACUGUGCUGUGCCAGGGCAAAGCUGGGGCAUGAGGGCUCCACCAUCCCCGCUGUUCCAUUGUUCAAAACUCCCUGGCAUGGUUUUGACCCACUCCGACGGGGCAUGGACGCUGGCCAGAGACCAUUUCCAACCAGCAGUUUGGAUGCAGCCACUCCGUAUUGGGGGUGAAAGAGUUCAGUAGCGUGGAUGUGGCCAGCACUUGUCAGUUGGCUUCAUGGCCAGAAUGGAUCCUGGCAGUGCUUAACUUACUGAUAAAGAUAUAACUGUAUGCCACAGACCAGGAUUCAGGACUUGGUGGAGUACAUCCGUUCUGAUCUGGCGUUUUUCUAUUUUCUGCCUGAUUCAAUGGACAAGAUAUUUUUUCGGUUCACAUUGGUUCUUUUUUGCUGAGGUUAUUCUGCAAACAGCGUCACUUUUAUGGCGCUGAUGUCAACCCAUCCAUCCCUCCAUCCAUGUCAGAUGGCUAGCAUGCUUAGCGUGAUAGUGCUAUACAUCUGUAGGCAGCUAAUUUGGAGACAGGAAUGAUUCAGACCAGACCAAAUCAGCAAUGGGAAUACAGGAAAUUAUAAGCUCUGAGCCCAUGCCCUUGUCAUGCUUUGCCACCCACACAAGGCAUUUUUCAUCCGCAGCAUAUCCAACCUGAACUGCAGAAGAGGAGCCAAUGUUGUAUAAUUACCAGGGGAAAGUGCAAGCAAGCCACCAAUUUCAAGUGUAAAUAUAUAUAUUUUCAGUGUUUUGGAUUGAAGCUAAUUGUCUGCUUCAUCCUAUCCUUCUCUGCACCUGCCAAAGUAUGUAGUCAUUUGCAUGUAUUUUUAUUUAAAGCUGACUAGAUGAAACAGGACAAAAUUAAUUUCAAGCCUUAGUCAGUAGUCUGUUAAAACCUGGCUGAUGCUGCUCACGAGGGGAGUGUUGAUACUGACUUUCAGAGAGUAAUCAUCCUGUGCUUUUCAGAUAUAUUUUUAUACACACAAGAUUCACUUCACAAUUUAUCCCUGCUCCUCAUUCCUACACAGAAUGCAUGACACACCUGUCACCCACAUACCUACAGCAUGACUAAACCUCCUGAAGAAAAUGUGGUCUGAGGUUUGUCCAGUGUGAUUCCAUUGAAGCUCAGAGGUGCUUUGGAAAGGAAAACUUACUACUGUGCAUUUGCAAAACCUUUUAGUGCCUGCUUGCUGGGCAGCUUGGGCAACAGACAAUUUGGAAGCUGCCGGAGUCAGUGGAAAAUUGUGGAGACAGGCUUUUCUAGGAUAUUUUCUUCUUUAACUGGGUUAGCUUUUCUCUGGAUUCUGUUCAGAUCAAAUGUGGUCAUGCAAAAAACCCCCAGAAAACAAAAACCCAAAUAACCAUGACAAAAUAAGGUCUAUGCCAAUCCCCACCGAAGCUGCGGUAGUUGAUGUUAGGUGGUAGGGAUGAUGUGAACUCUGUUGUGUACCCUUUGCUUGCUGAAGCUUGCAUGUUGUUAUUUUGGCAGUUGUCUAAAGCCCUGGGGCUUUGGGGAUGGUAGUUUCCCAGGGUUAUGAUUGCUGUUUUUCUUUUUCCUUGGAGCUCAGGUGUAUUCUGGUGCAGAGAAUCUCAGCCUGGUUUGAACGAGAAGAUUUGAGGCUAUCCGAAAUUGACGUGGGCAAACCUUUCACUGUGUGCAGAGCACAUUUCCAGACCUUUGGGUACCACUAGAGAUUGUUGCAAUCCACUGAUUUCUCCAUGAGUACGUUCAGAAUGGCUUCAUUGUUCUGUUGUGUUUGAACUUGUGAAUGAUGUUGCGGCGGCUCUUUUCUGUUGAGGUGUGAUGUGAAGGAAGGUGGGAGCCUUCCUGCUGUGCUAGAGAUUGCCUGUGUUCAACCUUUGUUCCUCACUUGAAGCUCAGGCAGUAGGAUAAUGAGAAAAACAAGAAAAUGAGAUGACAGAUAGCUGCAUAUGUCCCAUAGGCUCUUCACUGAUGAGGAGGGAGGCAAUUGGUGACAAUUAAAAUACAUCUGAAUAAACCAUCUGGACCUUAGUGUAUAUUCAGACAUACACACAACCCAAGUGGAAUGUGACAUUGUUGAUAAAAUAAUGUGAAUAUCAUUUCCUGUUGGACAUUAAAAAACUAAAAACCAAACCAAACCAAGAACCACAACAAAACAAAGCACUGGAGCAGACAAAAAGGAUUUGAAAGCAUAAACUUUCAAAAGCAUAAACUUUACUUCCACCACCACAUCCCCCUCCCCGCCUUUGGGACACAUGCAGCAAAGCAACUGUUUGAAAACCAGGCACUUCGUAAUAACGCCGAGUUAUUUGCAUUUGUGCGAUGGUGUGUUUGUCAGAUGGUCUUUUACAGUGAGCGUAGAAAGUGGCCACGGUCUAAAACUCAUUGCAGAUCUCUGGGUGAUGGUACUCCUGGGUUUUGACCCCAGCUCUGCCACGAAUUUGCUGUGUAACCUUGGGCAAGUGAUUUAACCUUUCUGUGCCUACAGUUUACCCAUCUGUACAUGGGUAUAAUAAUAUUUACCUACCUCACAGGGGUGUUGUGAGGCUUAAGUAAAUGCAUGUGAGAGGUGCUGGAAGUGCGCCGUAAAAACUUAAUUCUUGCUGGGUUCGUGCUGUUAUCAGGAAUGAGCAGUAAAGGGGCUUGUUACAAUGCGCAGAAGGAAAACCUGCUGGUGCGUGCAUGUGUUGAGAAAGUGAUCUUAAGUCUUUUCUCUCCCCAAAAGCAAGGAAUGGAGAAGAUUGUUGUGCGCCAACUGAAUAACCUUGCUUUCCUGGUCAAAUAUAAUAGCACUGUUUGCAAUAUUAUUUUCUUACAAAACAGGUGACCUUUCCCUUUUCCUUUCUGUUUCUGGAAACUUGAAACUAAAGAUCACAAAAAUAUUUCUGAACCUAACAGAUUACUGACGAAUACUUGAAUUUCUUUAAAAGUUGCUCUCAUCAGCCACGGUUAAUGUGCACUAAUCUUUCAGUCAUCAGCUUCCAUCUGAAUACAGUGAAAAAUUUGCUCACGCAGUUUUGGAAUAGCCCGGACCUUAUUUGGGAGGCUGGUAUACUGUUUGCUGAGGACUCUUGUAGGCAUGGGAAAACUAGAGUCUCAACCGAUAAACACAUUGAGUAUUUUUUCUUUCUUUUUGUUUUUGCCUUUUAAGUUUCUUGACUGCCUAAGACAGCACAAUAAUUGCAGUUUACUUGGUUGUACAGUAGCUUUCUUUUGAACUUUUUCCUUACCACGAAGGGCGAAGGUGGGUUGUGAAGGGAUAAGCUAGACUCGACGCUGCUCACGCAUGACUCUUCUCAAAGUACCGACUUUCCUGGAGAACAAUCCGUGCCACAUCCAGAGAGACUAGACCAGGCCUGCCUUCACCGUCCUCCACAGGCAAAACUUCCGUUGCCGUCCACGGGAGUUUUGCCUGUUGAUUCUGUGUCCAUCGAGGUGGAUUCAUCCCUGGUUGAACCCAAAGACACGCGGGCAAAACCCAGGAUAACUUUCUUUAGAAUGAGGGAAGGGAUAGAAAGCCUGGCGGGGUAUUGUGGUUUUGAGCCAAGUGUUUCUCUUGUCUAACUGUCCUGACCAUGAUAGGAUGUCUCUUUCAGAAAUGCAAUGCGAGGCAAGGCUCCCUGCUCCCUUUUAGAAAAGCCUUUUGAAGCCUAUUCAUGCACUCCUUACUCAGGCAAAACUCCUGGGUUUUGUUGUUGGGUCUGGUUUUCUCUCCUGAGUAAGGACUGUGAAAUCUGGCCUGUUCUGGAUAAGGGGGUGGUGGUUCAGGCGGCCGUUGUCUUCUCUAACCCGAGACUUGCCUUGCAUGAAGCAAGAACGAAGCUAGGAAACCCUCCUCCUCCAGCUCUGUCUUGGUCUGCCAUGUAACUUCCCUGAGUCUUUUCUGCACCCGCCGUGGGGAGGUAGUUCGAAAUCUUCUGGCUACAUGGGCCAGGCUCUUCUAUGUGACUAACCAGGCAGCUGCUUAUCUUCCCGCUGGGGCAGAGCAAAUUCAGAAGCCCUACUCUUGCAGAUGGGCUGCUGCUCAUCUGCAUCACCUUUGGGUCUGCUCCUUCCCCAUUCUUCUCCCCAGCCAUUUAUUUGCCCUGUUUUAAGCACUCAGCUCGGUGCUUCUGGGUUCUUUUUAUUGCUUCUGUUACAAAAAAGAUUGAAGCUGGGGAAAAAUCAGCAAUGUAACUCCUUCGGUGCUAUGCUAACUGCUUUGUUCAACCCAACCAAAUGCUGGCCAACAUAUAGAUUUUCCCUAAGAAAGCAUCACACAUCUGUGUCUUGAACAGGGAUGAACUGAGAGGGGUGAGAGAGGGCAAGUGUGGUUUUGAAAGCAAUUAAAGUCUCAUGUGUAUCUAGUAGACAAAAAAAAAAAGAUGUAAACGCAGACUGCUUUCAAAGCUAGCUGUCACCCACCUCAUAGAAGUAAAUAGGAUAUAGCCUAUAAGGUAUUGAGGGCAUUAUAUAUAUACAUAUAUUUAUUUAUUUAUUUAUUUUAAACAAAAUAAAAAAGACAGAAAGUUCACCUUAUCAAUAAAUCGCCCUUUAAUUUUCCUGAAAAUGUACUGUUCAACAGUAAAUACAUCUGGCUGUGGUUGCACCCAGUCGUUUUACUUUGACCCACUUCAGCAGCAAUGGCUACUUUAACUGCAAAGGUGAAAAAGCAGGAGGAGAGCGAGAACUCCUCCUGCUAUAUAUUAGGCCUGAUGGGAAGUGGGUGGCUAUGAAUUUUCGGGAUUAAAGGGACUAAUCGACAUGUAUGUCUGUGUCUAUAUACACAGUCCUGUGGAAAUAUAGAAAAGCAUACAUGCCAUGUUACUGCAACAGCAUAUAUGUUUUAAUAUAUAUGAACACAUUGUGAAUUCCAAAGGGCUUUUUGAGAUGAGGAAGGUAGUUUCUGGUGUGAGGUGCUAGCAAUUUGGGAUUUGCAAGCAGGGUUGAAAUAAAUAUUUCUUGUGUGGUUUUGCUGGUUUUUUUUUAAAGUAAAAACAGGGGCAAAAGACCAUCAGAAGUUUAAGGCCCUUCUGAGGAAAUGUUGUACCACCUGAUCUUCCACUUCUUCAGACAUUUGGAAGCCAAAAUUGGGCCAAACGCAGUGUCAGUAUAAAUCAGUAAAGCUCCAUUGAUGUCCAGGUGCCUCCUUACACUCCCUAUGCUAAAAACAGUCAUUUCUGCUGGUGCUAGGGAUGCCCAAACUGGGUCCUACUGGGUCUUUUUAGAAAAAAAAAUAGUUUUUUUCUAUAAUCUGUGAUAAUAGAUUUCUUGUUUGAGCUUGUAGAUUUUGUCAAAACCCAAGCAAAACUGGGACAAAAUCAGUAGUUUCUUUCCGGGUGGAGCCAUCUGAGUGUAGCACACCCCUGACCUACAUGGGGGCUUCGUAGUCUCCGGCUGUAGCUAAGGAAGAGAUGGUUUCCCCUUCCACCAGGAUCACCACUGCCCUGAGAACAGCCCUGCUAACACACGCAGCCAACUGGGUCCUCCUUCGCAGGGAUUAAACCCCCCAAAUCUGAUUUCCAUGCCCUUAGAAUUGAAACACCAAAAGCCACUCAAAGGGAAUGAUUAUUGUUUUCUCUCCAGAUGUCAUUCCCGCUCAUCAGUCACAAGGACAAGCAGCUCACAUUUUCCUCUCUAGCUGUAUUUACCGAUAAAACUCACUGCCAGUGCCAGAGCCUCCUUCCCUCAGACCCAGCUGAACACCACCUGUGUGCCGCCCCCGUCUUUCCUCCCCUUCUUCCACCUUAAAAGCAAACACUGUUUUCCUCCCUAAGUAGUGAAGAGCCAGGACAAAUGCCAGCUGAUUACACCUGCAAUCUGUUCACUUCAGGAUUUUAUUUCAGUUUCUGAGGGCGUACGAGUACACACAGGGACACGCACCUGCAGAAAUUUCCAUAGCCUGAAGUUGAAGCCGCUUGACUUCAAUGGACCUGCUCUGAGCUGGCACUGCCGCAAGGGAAACUACACACCAAGUGUUCCCCAGGCGACCCCCCUCAAAUUACCGCAGUUUCACACCAUUCCCAUAUAACCUGUUUCUUUUCCAACAAUUUCUGAAGCCUGCGUAUCAGUCAACAAAUUUAUGAUGGAGAAGUAAUAGGGAAAGUGGACUGGUUCACACUUAUCCAUAGACCUCCAAGUACAAUUCAAGCAAUUAAAAAAGCCUUAAAUUGGGUGUAAUUGCAGCCAUUUGGAGAAGAGCUGUGAUACGUCAUUUCUAAAAAAGUGCCUAAAUAGGUACUGGAGCCAGAUCCCUUGGACCCCAUCUUUUCUGUGUAGGGAGAGUGAAAGGGAAGAGAUUUUACAUUGAACAUCAAAGUUUGCCAUUAGCUACCAAAUCUGCCCCCUCCCAAAAUGGAUCUAAAACUUUUUUUUUUUUAAUUUGGUGGAAAACAUUUUUCUCUCAGAAAGAAACCCAACAGUUUUUGCUAAUGUUUCCACUCUGCAAACUUUUUUACCAUUCCAGCCUUUUGUUCCAAUGAGGAAUGGGAAGUAGUUUCAAAAGUAGUUAAAUUACUCAGGGAGGGACUGUUUCACAUCUAGGUCUGGUGACUUCCACUCAUGUCAUCGGGCCAAGUUCAGACCAUUUCACUAAAACCGAUGUAAUUACCCAGUAUGAAACCAGGAUGAGAUAAUAGUUGGGGGUGAAGCCCUUGUGUGGUCUCCUGUGUGUUCCGUAUCACAGGCCAACAGUGAUCAGUGAUGUGAACCUGACAUUGCACGCUCCAUUAUGGAGCUGUUCCCCUAAAACCAGGAUUUUCACAAUAAGGCUAUAUAUUUUGGAGGCUUUGAAUGACUUUUUUGAUUGCAAGGAAAUUUCAUCCCUUUGGUGUAUGUAUUUUUGAAUGCACUGCCAUAUACAGGAGGUAAAAUCAUGGUGCCUGAAAGACACAUGUUCUUUCUCCAUCUCUGCUAUGGGCUGUUGGUUGGUAAAGCUGAGGAGAUUUUAGGAUUGCCACUGCUGGCAGAUGUAAUAUAUUCCCUCCCUAGUACCAUUGGCCUGUGCUCCAGGGCAUGUGAUAUUGAAAUGGUCAAGCUGUUGCCUAAGUCCCAUCAAUAAUUCCACCUCCAGCCCUGGAUCUCUGCCACACUCAUCCCAAGUGUUGCAAUGUGGGUUUAAAGGUCCUUGUCCACCCUACAAAAGUGCUGGGAAGACAGACUAGUUACAUACUUCUUGUAAAGCUCUUGAGCACCUUCCAAUUGAAAGGAAUCCUGAAAUUCCAUGGUAUCCUCUCAAAUUAGCUUCCAUCCUAGGAGCAUUUUUGAUUAGUGAAUUUUGAUAGUACUGGAAAAUUGGCACAGCCAUGGAGAACAGCACAAUUUAAAUACUUGUAUUUCAGAAGUGGCACUUUUUCCAUAAGCAUUGAAAUUUGACUAAUCAUUGCUGGAACUCAUUGUUAGCGUUCAAAAUGCAGAAAAUACUCUUGCACUUGAUUCCUCAGAUAAACAAAAAUAUUCAAAUUCUCCAAUCACUACAACGGUAAAAAGAAGCUAUUAAAGCAGGACACCUGGCUUUUUCUAAUGUUUUUGAAUGCAGUAACCUGUAACCACUGAAUAUUGUCCGUUUGCUUUGCAGUAGGUACACUGGGACUGCAGCCAGGCUUAGGACUCCUUUGUGCUCAGCACUUUACCAAAACACGGAGGGACAUGGACCUGCCCCAAAAGAGCUGGCAGUUUCACCGGGGUUGUUUGUGUGACCUUGAGCAAGGCAUGUAACUGCUCUGUGCCUCAGUUUGCUCGUGUGAAACGGGAGGUUACACCUCACAAGAAUGAUGUGAGGAUUAUUUAGUCAGUGUUGGUGAAGCGCUUCAAGACCUUAACAUCAGAAGUGCUGUGAGACAGUGGUGGUGCUGGGCAGAGCAGGACAAAGCAAUGCAUCAUGUCACCUCUCCCUUGUCUCCAUGUAUCUCGGCAGAGAUGAAGAGGAAGGCUGAUCUGAAAUCGGGUUUCUCUAGAAGAACUGGCACAACCCAGCCAAGAUGCCACAUUAAGCUUUUGGGGAGUGCUUUUCUCCAUCCCCUGAAAUGCUCCGCUCUCCCUUUGGAAAGCAUUUAGGGAAGUCAACUGAGGAGCCAGGGGUUUAGCACAGUCCCAUUGGGUCAUGAAGUUGGAGAAAGCAGAGCUGGAAAGAGCAUGUGAGUCAUCAGGUGCAUUCCCAAGAGCUCAUGACACAUGCUUCCCCUUGUCUUAUUGUCACCUUAAAUCCUGUCUGGUUGGAAAUCUUCCAAAGAAGGGGUUUGCUCACCCCAGACCCUCUUGAUCAGGCAUGUUAGACAGAAAUAAUGGUCUCGGUUUUCCUAGUAAGAAGUACAUUUUUUGUUAACUAAGUUGAAACUCAGUCAUGCCCAUGCCUUGAAUCUUGCCUUAGUAGCUGAAUUCAGCCCAUUCUGGACCCAGGUCAUUCAUCUGAAGUUGUCCUUCCAGUGCCAUUCUGACCCAGCGUGGCUUGCAGGUUUAGAUGCCCAUUCAUCCAAGUUAGCGUCAAGGAUCUGCCAGUUCAGCUGGGAGAGGCUGGCUCCUUCCUAGGUCACUUCUGCACGUGAGCCAUCCUUACUGGGGGUCUAGAGAGUCUGUGAUCCAAAUCAGACCCCCAAAAGUCGAUCUGAAUGAACAAGGAAAACUACUAGUCCUGCCACAGGCAACUCCUUUUCUCCCCGACAGCAGUGUUUCAACACCUUAUCUAGCUUCUGCCAGCAAGCUGCACGCAUGGUGCUUGGGAGACACAAGGACUGCCAACAACCCCUGCUCUGAGCUGGCCGAGAGAAGCGGCCGAGGGCAGACCCGACCCUCCUUUAUGUCCCAUGAGCAUGUUUCUGCCGAUCCUGGUGGUGGUGCCCUUGAUUUAGUGCAUUGCUGCCAGGAGCAGGGGCAGGUUGCUUGUCAGUAGCUGUCUGAAGCACAGGGGUGGUUUAGAUGGGCUGGGCUGACAGGUGUCAACACGAUACAAAACUGGUGCUAUUAACUUGGCAUAGAGUGCCUGCGAGUCUCUUCUUUUUCUGUUUUCGAUCACCAAGCAAUUACCUUAUGCAUGGGAAGCCUGUGGUUUAUAGUGUUUCUAGCGACUUCUCAUUUUACUGGAGGGCUCCAAGUAUGUACUCUGUCUUACUCCCCAGCUCUUCCUCUGUUUUCUUUGUCUUGGAGGGCAGGGGGUGUGUGUGUGCGUGUGUGCUUGAGCGCGAAUUUAUGAGUAAAUGAAACAGAGCAAGGGCCAACCAAAACAUUUAGUGCAAUGGAAGUUUUGACCGAGUAAGGAGUGAAUGAGAACACGGGCUAAGACCUUGGAAAACCAGACGUGUAGGUUUUGAUCUCCAUCGCAGUCUGGCGGGACUUCUGUAAACCCAUCAAGAUCAUUGUCUGUGUCCAAGAAAAUUUAUUUUCUGGGCUCCUGGUGAGUGACAGAUUGAGAUGUUCAAGACAGGGCUCCACAGAGGCAUGAGGUCAGACUUGCUGAGCACCUUUGACUUCCCCUGGUUUGGUGGCAGCUGAAGGCAUCCAGCACAUCCCAGGAGGCAGUCCAUCGAAGGUUGUGCCCUGUUUAUGUUUAGUUCAUGCUUUGAACCUUCAAGGCUCAAGUCUGCUUUCCUUACACUGGUGCAAGCAUGCUGAACAUGGCAAGAUGUGGUCCUUUUAAUUUAGGAAGGCUGUUAAAACAUGUCCAAAGUGCUAGGUGAGAGCUCGCAAAAUCAACAUGCCCCUUAAAAGACCAAAUUGUGGUCUCAGUUUCACCAAGGCACCAGCCACCCUGCAUGAACCCCACUAUUUUUUCGGGGAACACCCUGGUUUUUCUGCCGUCAGCGAGGCCAGAAUUUGGCCUGGCCCCACCUGCCCUCAUUAACUCCAAAAAGCCCUUGAUGUUUGUUGAUGAUGGCUGUGUUAGGGCAGCGACAUUUCAAUUUUCGAAACCCUGUGGUGCCUUUUCUUGUGGUGCUUACUCUUCACAGGACUUCAGUCAAGGCAACCACUUGCAUCAAACAGCAACGCCAGUACUUUUCCUCUGUAUUAUGUGCCAGUGCAGUAACAGAUUUUAAUGUAUACAUAUAUAAAUAUAGAUAGAUAGAUAGAUAUAUUGCUACGGUUAUAAUUAUAUAUAUAUAAUUGAGGUUCUGAUGCCACUGUAUGGGGAAUGGACCAUUCCUCUGCAGGAUUAUACACUGCUGGAGUGAAACCAACAGCUCAACGUCCUGUAAAGCGUUACGACCUUGGCAAGGAGCUUCUCUUUCCUGCGUUCAUUUCUCCAGCUCCCCUCUCUCCGCCCGCCCUUCUCCUCCCUGCUCCCAGAAGUGCGCUGGGAAAGCUGCUGUUUCGCACCAUAGCAAUUUCUCCCAGGAUCUCUCCCCAUCACUGGUGUAUGCUGCAAGGCAACAUCUUCCUCCUGCCGCGGCGUAGGGAGAUGUCCCCUUGCUGUGAAGGGAGGACGAUGGGGCCAGCAGGGCAGCAUCCCAGGGUGGCGUCCCACGGCAGCAUCUUUGCCUUUCCUUUGCACUGAGGUGAUGCAACCCACUAGGUGCUGAGCGGCGUUAUUCCCCCACAAGUGAAACCAUCCGCUGGUGAGCCUGUCCAUCUCAGCUUCCCCAGCAAGACAGCAACUUGGUGUAUUUAUUUUUUUUUUUCCUCUUUGGAUGCGCGGUUUCCCGCGCGGCUCCGAGCAAGGCGAGCGCCACAGCCCUCACCAAAGGAGAGGAGGGAAGCUGGCGAAGGUGGUUUGCUUUGCUCACGCAAGUAGUUCUGCCUGACUUCAGGGCGGGGAUUUUUUUUGGUCAGAGGACUGCUGGGUUGGGCCAAUUGUCACCUUAUCGUUACCUUUGAAGUAUUGCUGAAACUGUGGGUAAAUGAUAGAACAGAUGUUGAGCAAAGGUAUUUUCUACUAAAGGGAACACCACCAAUAAUACUGUAAAAGGUGCUAGAAUCAAACCUCAUUUUAUAUACUUUAGUUCUUAGAGAAAAAAAAAUAAAAUACACAGAAUUCUUCCUGUGCAGCCUUACUGUAGAUUGUUAUAACCAACUCUUUAUCCAAAAAACAAAAAAAAUGAAAAGGUUAAAAAAGGACAAAAAUGAAGUGAUCCUGUAUAAAGUGUAACAAACAUGACUUUCCUAUAUAAAUGUAAAUGAUCAGACAUAUAUUAAAAUGCACUUGAAGCAGGCAGCAAGCAUGAAAAGCUUUUGAAGCAUCCUUUUUAAUGCACAACACCUAUGUUUUUUUGUUUGGCUGGUGCAAGAGGGAACGUGCCAAGUCUCUUUUAUUUCUUUUUAAUUCUGUUUGUUACUCUGAGGAAAAGGAAAGAGAGAUGGAAAGGGGGUGGUAGGUUUAGGUAGCAUGUAAACCUGGAAUAUUCAUCUCAAAUUGUUUUGGGGUUUUGUUUUGGUUUGGUUUUAGUUUAUGAUGUUGGUAACAGUGUUUGGACUCACACUUCAUUACUCAAAUGCUUUUGAAAGCUUUGUUGCCUGUCCCAGGUGCUAAGCAUAACUAUUACCUCAAUAACACUUACAGAAAAAAGUCAAUUGUUUUUCCCAUCUCCAGAAAAUUAAAGCAAACAAGUGACAACAACAAAAAAACCAACCAAACAAACAAAAAAGAAAAUGCAAACAACCAGCAGUGAAUGAAGGAAUGAAAAUUAAAAAAGAAAGAAGUCAAAGCAGAGAUUUGAUGAUCAAACGGAGCCAUUCUGGUGCUUUUCCCCUUUUUGUGUUGCUAAUGAUCAAAAUUACAUGAGAUGGGCUUAGACAAGUUUGUGGUCUUAGGAUGUAGCAAAAAAUGUAUUUAAAAAGAAUACAAAUUUGCAUGGAAAAAACUCUGAUGGAACAUUUAAAGAAUGGCUGUUUCAGUGUCAGACGUUUAAUGUUAGCAUGUGUGUGUGCUGUAUAUACCUUUUCAUGUGUAACAUGUACAGUUGACUGAGGAAAAAAAACAUAUGGAACCGAACAAAAAAAUAAUAAUCAAAUGCUA